AAAUACCUCUUCGUAUAUGCAAAUCUCUCUUUCUCCCACCAAAUUGAAUCGAAGACAAACACAGGUACUGGCGUAGCCAUGUUAAGAGCUUCAACCCUCCACCUUUCCCCCUUCGCUUCCGUUUCUCCGUCGCCCGUAUUUGCCCUUCUUCCAGCGCUCUCCGUUCAUCGGAACUUGCCCUCCGCCCUGCUGCGAAAACCUCAGCCGCAUAUUGACCUCAGAGUCACGCAGCCGUUCUCCGUCGCUCGCCAUUUUCGUAAGUGUUUUAGCUCUAGAUUUGGUGGUGGUCCUCUCAUGGCCGGUCAACCUUCCAUCCCCAAGGCCACAGCUUCAUUCAGCUCAGGGAGCGCUUCUGGAGGAGGUAGAGAAAUAUUGGUGCAGCAUUUGCUUGUGAAAGAAGAUGAUCAAAAGCUUUUGCUUGAGCUACUGAAAAGAGCUGCUGAAGGAGAGGACUUGAGUGACUUGGCUGUGGAGUACUCAAUCUGUCCAUCGAAAGAGGAGGGAGGUAUGCUUGGUUGGGUGCGGAAGGGGCAGAUGGUGCCGGAGUUUGAGGAAACUGCAUUUAGUGCUCCACUAAAUAAAGUCGUAAAGUGCAAGACUAAAUUUGGUUGGCAUUUAUUGCAAGUUCUGUCUGAAAGAGAAGAAUCAGUCCUUGGACAUAUUCAGCCCAGUGAACUACAUGAUAAAAUGCAAGAUGCAUCUUUCUUUGAAGAGGUCCAGCUAAUUGAUGUCAGAGAACCUGAUGAAGUGGCCAAAGCCUCAUUGCCUGGUUUCAAAGUUCUUCCCCUUCGCCAGUUUGGAAAUUGGGGGCCAGAAAUUAUGACCACAUUUGAUCCUCAAAAGGACACAUACGUUAUGUGUCAUCAUGGUAUGCGGUCAAUGCAAGUGGCCCAGUGGUUGCAAACACAGGGUUUUAAGAAAGUAUUCAAUGUGUCGGGAGGAAUUCACGAAUACGCCCUAAAGGUGGAUCUAUCUAUUCCUACUUACUAAAUUACUGUCGACUUGGUGGAAGUUUCUAUUUUUUCGUUGCGUUUCCAUAUUCAACCUGAGGAGUUGCCCCAACUGUUCUAUACUGCUAUACAGUCAUUUGGGUACUGAGUUUGAGGCCUUGGUCGAAACUUUUGGCUCGCCACUUGUUUCUCUGCACAGAUAGUAUUUCUGUGAUCCUUAUAGGUCCUGACAAAUAUUUAUCUGUUGUUUGAAACAUGGACUUUUUUGUAAGUACUGACCAUCCAAAAUGAUUUGGUAGCAUAAAAGGUUCACCUUAUUUUUCUCAUUCUGCAUUAGUCAGACUUACAUGUACUGUUUAAUGUCGCAUUUUCUGUAAUCUUAUCCAACUGUUUUUUUCUGGUGGAUAUACAAAUUAACCUGUAUGUUGAUGGAUUUAAAUAACUCAGCUUUUCAUGUGGACUGUAUGGCUUUCGUGAG